CGGCGCACGCGCGCGUACUUUUGCUCCAUGCCUCGCUAUAAAAUUCCCCGGGGCGCGAUCCAUCCUCUGUGCGUCAGGAAGAUAUCCUCUCUGUGAUGAUAAAUGAAAGCAGAGAAUCAGUAGUGCAGAGCGCAACAAUGGGGUCCCUUCGGCGAGGCCUCCUCGCUAGGCUUGCCCUCCUCUUCGUCAACCUGCUGCCGAUGGCGCUGCUUCUGCCGGGCGCCCAUGGAGCACCAGCAGCAGGCACGGGCAAAAGCAAAAUCUCGGCCGUCUUCGUGUUCGGCGACUCCAUCGUCGACCCCGGCAACAACAACAACCGGCUCACGGAGGCGAGGGCUGACUUCCCACCCUAUGGGGAGGACUUCCCCGGCGGCGUGGCCACCGGGAGGUUCUCCAACGGCAAGGUCCCCGGCGACAUGUUGGCUUCCAGGCUGGGAAUUAAGGAAUUAUUGCCACCCUACAUCGGAUCUGAUCUUCAAUUAAGUGACCUACUCACAGGUGUCGUCUUUGCCUCGGGAGGCAGUGGAUAUGAUCCUUUAACAUCGAUACCCGCGACUGCUAUAUCAAGCACUGGACAACUUGAAUUGUUCCUUGACUAUAAGGAGAAGCUAAAAGCUUUAGUCGGCGAAGAGGAGAUGGCGCGUGUUAUCUCUGAAGGCAUAUACUUUACAGUCAUGGGGGCAAAUGACCUCGCAAAUAAUUAUUUUACAAUUCCUUUGAGGCGUCACCAAUAUGACCUUCCUUCAUACGUGGAAUUUCUAGUUUCUUCGGCCGUCAACUUUACUAUGAAAUUAAAUGAGAUGGGUGCAAAGAGAAUUGGGUUCAUUGGCAUUCCACCAAUUGGAUGUUGUCCUUCACAAAGAGAACUUGGGUCAAGGGAAUGUGAGCCAAUGAGGAAUCAAGCGGCACAACUAUUCAAUUCUGAAAUCACAAAAGAAAUAAAUCGGCUAAAUGCAGAACAAAGUGUUCCAGGCUCAAAGUUUGCUUAUAUUGAUAUAUACUACAAUUUGCUUGAUCUCAUUCAGCAACCUGGUCUUUAUGGUUUCAAGGAGGUAACCGAGGGAUGCUGUGGAAGCACAGUGCUAAAUGCAGCAAUAUUCAUUAAAAAUCACCCUGCAUGUCCAAAUGUUUAUGACUACAUUUUCUGGGACAGCUUUCAUCCUACCGAAAAGGCCUAUAGCAUCGUGGUUGAUAAACUCAUUCAGCAAAAUAUGCAAUACCUAAUGUAAAGAAACUCUCUCUACCAGCGUGUGAACACGUAUUAUUUAAACUGCAAUUGGUUUGACAGUUAGUACACAACAAUUCUAGGAUGUUUGACGGAAAGUUUUCGCGUUCCAAAAUUGUAAAGGCUAGUGGUUGGUGAAAUAUAUAAACGUAACUUCAGACUUGUAUCUCAGUAUAAAUUAUCCUGAAAUUUAUUCAUGCAACAGCAAGUAUGCCUC